AUGGUCACUGAUAGGGUUUACUUGACUUCCAAUUCGACUCCCGUUCAAUUGCUCUUUUGUCUUAAGGAAAAAAAUGCUAAGAAAAUCAACUCUCAUAGAUGGUGUUUCCAAUCAUUUGCACCAAUUUUAAACCCCAAGGUUAUAAUGUUACUUGAUUGUGGUACCCGCCCAGCGAAGGAUGCGUUUUACUAUUUAUGGAGGGCUUUCCGUGACCCCAAUGUGGCUGGUGCUUGUGGAGAAAUGAAAGCUGCUUUGGGUAAGGGCAGACGAUUAUUGCAAAAUCCAUUGGUGGCAGCUCAAAACUUUGAGUACAAGAUUUCCAACAUUCUUGACAAACCCAUGGAAUCGGUCUUUGGGUUUAUUUCGGUGCUUCCUGGUGCCUUUUCAGCAUAUAGAUGGGAAGCAUUGCUCAAUGUCGAUGGAAAAGGGCCACUUGAAAAGUAUUUUAAGGGAGAGUUCUUGCAUCAGGAUUCUCAAAUUGAAGAUGAUGAUGAUGAAAAGUUAUUGAAGGAAAAGAACUAUCAAGAGGCAGGAAUAUUCACAUCCAAUAUGUACUUGGCUGAAGACAGAAUUUUGUGUUUCGAGCUUGUGGCUAAACGAAACCACAAUUAUAUUUUGCGGUAUGUCGAAGAAGCCAAAGCAGAAACAGAUGUUCCUGAAAGAAUUGAUGAAUUUGUGUUACAAAGAAGAAGAUGGUUGAACGGUUCUCUUUUCGCUGCCGGUUAUGCGGUGGUACACUGGACUAAAAUCUGGAGAUCUAAUCACUCUUUGUUGCGGAAACUUUUCCUCCAACUUGAAUUUUACUACCAAUUGGUGACCUUGUUGGUUUCGUGGUUUUCGUUAGCAUCAUUCUUCUUGGUUUUCAGGAUUUUGACUGCCAAUCUCGGUGCGAAGGAAAUGAACUUUGGCAUUGGCAAGUAUUUAUCGGUGAUUUUCUUGUGGUUAUACGUUGGAUCUGUUGUGUGUACGUUCGUGUUAGCGUUCGGAAAUACCCCUCGAGGCACAAAGAAGUUUUACUCGGUAAUUGCGGUGUUGUUUGCAAUCAUGAUGUUGUAUAUGCUUUUCGCAGCUGUCUUCUUGGCAGUCCAUACAGUUACAUCAGUACUCAAGGCUCAUAAGGACGAUUUCAAACCAAUGAUGUUGUUCACAAAUUCCAAAUUCAGAGACUUGAUUGUGUCUACUGGAUCGACUUAUGCACUUUACUUUAUUGCUUCACUUCUUUAUGGAGCACCAAGUUUCAUGGUGACGUCUUUCGGCCAAUAUUUGUUAUUAUCUCCCACAUAUGUCAAAGUGUUGAACAUCUAUGCGUUCAGUAACAUUGACGAUGUUUCUUGGGGUACAAAAGGUGCACCCGAAGCCAAAAAUUUAGGAACCGCAAGAUCCACUGGAGCCAAUAAAGACGAUAUUGUCAUGGUGGUACCAGGAGUUGAAGAAGAGCUCAAUGAAUCCUAUAUGCAAACCUUGGAGUCUUUGAGAACAGUUCCUCCUCCAGAGGCAACAGAUUAA